UUCGUCUAUGCCAGAAAAUAUUGUUAAUGAAAAUGAGAAUCCGUUAUUUUUUCCCCCUGCUAAAUGCUCUACUACUCCGAACAGGAUAAAUUACAGCUCUAAAAACCCUAAAAAUUUCAACAGUUGCAAGAUGCCGUAUUGUCUCCUCAUCUGCAAAUCAUUCUCUUCAUAAUCCAGAAUCUCAUGUGUUCUUGACUUUGCUCUCUUUCCUUACAUUGGUUGUGGAAUCCCUGUUGAUUUAAUCAGCGAUUAGGUGCUCACACGAAAAAAUGGGAAAGAACUGCGAUGUUUGCGUGGAGUGGGAAGAAGAAAUGUAUUGGACCCAUUUCCAAUCUAUCCAUUUUUCUCAGUUUUUCCUACCUGGUUUUGAUCGACGCCUCCCUAUACCUCAAAAGUUUUCAGUACACUGCAAAAAGAAGUUACCUUUGGUUGUGACACUCAAAAGUCCGAGUGGUGUGACAUACAACGUUGGACUUGAAGCAGAGAGUAAUGGUGCACUGGCUUUCCGAAACGGGUGGCUGGAGUUUGCGAGAGAUCAUUUGCUAGAGGAAAACGAUCUCUUGGUCUUCAAGUUCAAUGGAGUGUCACACUUUGAAGUGCUGAUAUUCGAUGGAAAGAGCUUAUGUGAGAAGGCGACUUCUUAUUUCGUCAAGAAAUGUUGUCAUGCAGGCAGCACGAGUGAACGCCACGGCAAAAGAAAAGCUGCAGAUUACUCUGCCACCUCUGGAGCUCCAGUAAAUCACCUUAUCGGUGAUGUCUAUACGACACCGAUCCAUCAGUCUGUAAAAUCUUCAGCUGGUAAUGGGCAAGAAGAAGACAUUAGCUUUGAUUUUGACACAACACCAAACCAACGACCUGUAGUAUCUUCGGCAGAAAGGAGAAGAAGCGGCAACUCGAAAUCCUCGGCAAAUGGAAGUGCCUUAUUGUCUCUGGCUGAGGCAGCCACCUCGCAGGAUGGUUUCUUAGUGGUUAUGAAGCAUUCUCAUGUGACAUCAAAGUUCUUCAUGACUAUGCCAAAGAAAUGGAGUGUCAAAUACCUAUCCGACGAAACUCAAGAGGUAGUUUUGCGCAUUGACCAGACGACAUGGAAGAUGACAUUUAGCUAUUGCAGAUCUCGUAAUUAUGGCGGGCUCUCUGGCGUUGGGUGGAAGAAAUUUGUUUCUGGUAACAACUUGAAUGAGGGCGAUAUCCUCGUCUUUGAGCCGACCAACUUCGGUACUAAACCGCUUCUUCUUGAUGUCGGUAUAUUCCGAGUAGCGGAAGUGGGCACACCGAUCAUGGCAACCCACUUACAGGAUGUUGAAGUGCAAACACUGCAGCAUCAGGAAGGAAAUGAUCAUAUUGAAGGGCAAACACAGCAGCAGCAGGAGGGAAAUGAUCAUAUGUACAAGUACAACUGAAGAUGAUGAAAGCUAACAUUCAGCUUUCGAUUACCACAAUUAGGAAACUUGAACUGGGUAACUUGUAUUAUUGAAUGUUUAGAGUAGAUUAUACCAGUCUGUUACUUGGAAGGGUUGCCUAUGAUAAGUAUAUGAUGAGGUGAUGUUUUGGAUGAAGCAUGAAGGUUGUUCUCAGGUAUUGUUUUGCAAGAUCAGUAAUUUCAGGGAAAUGUCACAUGCUUUUGUGGUUUUA